AUGGAUGCUGCGUUUUCGACGCCGGCGAAGAGAACGGAGCACGUCCAGGUGACGGCGAAGGAUGGAUUGGCGAGGCCGAGCAGCCAGUUUGGCGAUGCGGCGGCACGGCAGCGUACGGUGCGCGUUUUCUUUGACGACUGCGACGCCACCGACUCGUCCGGAGACGAGGCGGUGGAUGGCGUUGUUCGCGUCCGGCGGUUCGUGCGGGAGAUACGAAUAGUGGCCCGCCGAGAGAAGAGGCGGAAGAAGGUCUCCGGAGCCGCCGCACUGACGUGGAAGAAGGCCGGCAGGGCUGAGGUAGCGGCUGGCGUGGGGGACGGAAGCGGGCCGCCGAAGUUCCGCGGUGUCCGGCGGCGGGCGUGGGGGAAGUUCGCGGCGGAGAUACAUGAUCCAUGGAGAAGCGUGCGUGUGUGGCUGGGGACGUUCGACACCGCCGAGGAGGCGGCGAGGGCGUACGAUUCCGCCGCAGUAGAGUUGCGCGGUCCGAACGCGAUCACGAACUUCCCGCGGACAGGGGAGGCGGCCACCGUUGGCGCCGCGAGUAAUGGCGCCAUCGAAGCGAGUGUCACUCCGGCGCCGAAGAAGAAGUACUCGGAGGACAAUCUCAGCUCUGGCUCUGGCGAGGCGCACGACCAUUGCCCCUCGACCUCCGUCCUCGUCCUCUCCACUUCCCCCUCCCAGCGACUUCCGGCGACCAACGGAGACGCAGAUCCUACCCCGACGCCGAUGGAGUCGGGUGGGUUCCUUCUCCCGGACAACGACGGAACACUCUUGGACGGCUUCCCCGGCCUGGAAGGGACUUUACCGUUGGAGUUCUUCAACGAAUGGGAGUUGCCGAUUGGGUCCUUAGUCGACAACUUGAACGAUGCCUUCAACCUCAACUCCGGUCUUGACCUCGACCUCCAUCGAGGAGGCGACGGUUUCUUCUCGGACAUCAGCGAAUUCUACCAGAUAUAG